AUUUUUAUAAGUGAUAUUUAUAUAAUUUUUUUAGGAUUAUUAAUUUUAAUUAUUGGUGUUUUAGUAGGGGUUGCUUAUUUAACUUUAUUAGAACGUAAAGUUUUAGGUUAUAUUCAAAUUCGUAAAGGUCCUAAUAAAGUUGGUUUUAUAGGAAUUUUACAACCUUUUUCUGACGCUAUUAAAUUAUUUACUAAGGAACAAACUUAUCCUAAUUUUUCUAAUUAUUUGAGAUAUUAUUUUUCUCCUAUUUUAAGAUUUAUUUUAUCUUUAAUAAUUUGAUUGUUAAUUCCUUAUUAUUUUAAUAUAGUUAGUUUUAAUUUAGGGGUGUUAUUUUUUUUAUGUUGUACAAGAAUAGGAGUUUAUACUGUUAUAGUAGCUGGUUGAUCUUCUAAUUCUAAUUAUGCUUUAUUGGGUGGUUUGCGUGCUGUUGCUCAAACUAUUUCUUAUGAAGUUAGAUUGGCUUUAAUUUUAAUAUCUAGAAUUAUUAUAAUUAUAGAUUUUAAUUUAUUAUUAUUUUUUUAUUAUCAAAAUUAUAUUUGAUUUAUUAUUUUAAUAUUUCCUUUAAGAUUAUGUUGAAUAAGAUCUAGUUUAGCAGAAACUAAUCGAACUCCUUUUGAUUUUGCUGAAGGAGAAAGAGAAUUAGUUUCUGGGUUUAAUAUUGAAUAUAGAAGAGGAGGAUUUGCUUUAAUUUUUUUAGCUGAAUACUCUAGAAUUUUAUUUAUAAGAUUAUUAUUUGUUUUAAUAUAUAUAGGGGGGUUUAGAUUAAGAAUUAUAUUUUAUCUGAAGUUAUUAUUUAUUUCUUUUUUAUUUAUUUGAGUUCGUGGUACAUUACCACGUUAUCGUUAUGAUAAAUUAAUAUAUUUAGCUUGAAAAAGAUAUUUACCAAUUUCUUUAAAUUUUUUAUUAUUUUUUUUAGGGUUUAAGAUUUUAUUAUUAUAA